AUGCACCCACCAUACCCUGCGGAAUUCCUCACCGCGACUGAGCAGCAUGUGGAAUGUAAUGGACGGCCGCGAAGUCUCCCAAUCCUCUCCACCGUGGAAAUGAUGCGUCUAGACCCCGUGGUCGCCACAGCGGUUGGGCCAAAAGAUGGCAACAAUCGAAUUGCUGAUGCGCUGCUGAAACGAGCCCUCAAGGAGCUAAUCCCUCACUUGUCACACUUCCAGGUAGAGCGAACGGAGGAGGAUCUUGCGCGCAAGACGGCAGAGAUACUGCAAGCCUCAGCCUACAUCUGUGGUGCGGCCCAGCAUCCGCGGAAAGUUGAAGCUCUUGACUUUGUCAUGCUGCAUUCGCUGACGGCCGCCGUAUUCUUCCCCACCAUUAUUCGACAGGAAUGGAUCAGCAUAGAGACACGAGCUCGGCUAUUGGAGUGGAAAGGACGCUCAGACCUGAUCACCUAUGCGGCCCUGGGAUGCCCACAGUUGUACCCAGAUAGAAUCACCGGGUACCGACCCAAGGAAGUGGCAACUGGGUGGCCUGACGUGGUGCAGCACGCACGAGUCUAUCAGGACGAUGGACAUGCAUGCAAGGUCAUCCGGGCACUUAUGUGCGCCGAAAAAGUGUGCCAACCUUUUGAGGGAGAGGAAGGUUUCCCUUUGAAGAAGGCAGACUUUCUAACAUUGGCAGACAUGACAAUGGAUUCGGUCGAGCGCAUGUUGGAUCCAAAUUGGGUGCGGCAAACCGAAAAGGUCAAGCAGAUGUCGGCUCAAGGCCGUGGACAGCACUCACAGGUCUCUGCGAUCAUGCUGCGGUGGGUGCGUUGGUGUGGAACUGAAGGAGCUUGA